GUCGUCUUCAACAAAUAAUAAGAAAAAAACACGGAAUAGUUAGUUAAAGGAAAAAUACAGAGACAGAGGAUAUAGACCCAGAAAGCAAAGCUAAAAUGCAAAGGAAUUAAGAAAGGUUGUGGUGGUGGUGGUGAAGAAGAAGAAGAAGAAAGACGAUCUUCCCUCCUUUGGUGACAAAGGUGGCCCUGAAGGAAAAUAAAAACAUAAAAACUGGGAAAGACUCGGAAAAAACUCUCAGAGGCUCAGAACAACAAUGGCAUACAGAAGAAGGCAAGGAAUUACCAGGGCUUCAACCUUCAAGGAGGAGAUUCACCAUGAUCACUCUUUGUCAUCUUCCUCGCCUUCCGUUUUGCCCUCUUCCCAUUCCUUCUCCAAUUCUUCAUCUCUUGCCGCUCAGGCUAUCCGGGCUUCCGCUGCUCACCGCGAAUCCUCUCUUGGAAAGGGAUUAGGUUCUAUUGGUGAGGGAUCAACACUGAGCGAGUCCAAAUCGGGGUUUUGGGGUGUUCUGGCUCGCAAAGCGAAAGCCAUUCUUGAGGAUGAUGUUGCUUCCCAAGAAUAUGGUACGGCUACCAAAAAGAUUCCAAACUCUGAUGCCUCAGCUCUUGACCAGCAUCAGCAACCAUUUCACUCAAUUGACAAUAUGGGAAAGAUGGAAAAUCGGAAAUUCCGCAAGGGUUUGGAUGCAAUCACAACUUCCCUUAAUCAUCUAGGUGACACCUUUGAGAAGGCUUUUGAGGAAGGUCGCACCAUUGUGGAGAGUAAAACUGCCGACAUCAAACUUCAAAUAAAGCGAAAAGGAAACAAUUCUGAUGGAUCAUUUCAUUCUCCAAAUGCCAAUACUACAUGGCAGCAACCUCUCCUGCAAACAACACAACCACAGAAUCAAAACAACAAUGAAACCCAACUCAAGGCAUCCCGCGACGUUGCAAUGGCAACGGCUGCCAAAGCAAAACUACUUCUUCGAGAGCUGAAAACAAUAAAGGCAGAUCUGGCUUUUGCAAAGGAACGAUGUUCUCAACUAGAAGAAGAAAACAAAAUCCUUCGAGAGAAUCGUGAUAAGAGAGAUCACCGUGCAGAUGAUGACUUGAUCCGACUUCAACUGGAGACACUUUUGGCUGAGAAGGCCCGUUUGGCACAUGAGAAUUCUGUAUAUGCACGAGAGAAUCGGUUUCUAAGGGAAAUUGUUGAAUAUCACCAACUUACCAUGCAGGAUGUCGUGUACCUCGACGAGGGUAUUGAAGAAGUUACAGAAGUAUACCCCAUAUCAGGCCCUGGGGUAUCGAAGAUGCUCUCCAUUUCCCCACAUUCGUCCACAUCACCGACCUCACCUUCAGAAGAUCUGUUAUCCCCAUCUGAAAGCCCAACACUGACCAAGGAGGUUUCACCUCUCCACAAUCAGCCACAAGAAAACAGCUUCGAUGUUGUUUCUGAAAAUGCAAGUGAUGUCCCACCAACUUCAACCAUAUCAGUUGCUGAUGAAGAAGAUAAUACCAAAAGACCCUCUACAUUUUCUACCUGAGAAUAUACAAACAGACACAAACAUAUAUAUAUAUAUAUAUAGAUUUAUGUAGCAUUCUUUCAAACUUAAAUUCUUUUCUUAUUUUUGGCAUUGGGGAAGCUAGGAAGACACCGCCUGCAAAUAUUUGUUGUUUUGCGUAUGUAAUAUUUUUUGGUUUUUCCAUCUGUUGUCGUAUAAAUGUUGUCUGUCUGUCUGCCUUGUACACCCAGCGAGCGAUUUUGAGGAGUUUUCCUGGAUUUUAGAGUGAGAAGUUGAACUGUGUUGAAUAGAAUUUGGAAUUGUUCUAUUCGAUUAAAUGGUUGAUGGGUAUUUUUUUCAGUUUA